AUGGGGAAAAACACAGAUGAGGGCCGUGAGGCGCUGACAGAGGGGGACAAGGAGAAGACUGAGGACGUGUCUCAGUUCCCUUACGUGGAGUUCACCGGUCGAGACAGUGUGACCUGCCCGACCUGCCAGGGAACAGGUCGCAUCCCGCGAGGUCAGGAGAACCAGCUGGUGGCCCUGAUCCCGUACAGUGACCAGCGCCUUAGGCCGAGCCGCACAAAGCUGUAUGUGACUCUGUCCGUGGCCCUGUGCCUGCUGCUGUCCGGCCUGGCCGUCUUCUUCCUCUUCCCUCGUCCCAUCGAUGUGUCCUACGUUGGGGUCAAGUCUGUGUAUGUGGCGUACGACGUGGACAAGCGCAUUGUCUAUCUCAACAUCACAAGCACGCUGAAUAUCACCAACAACAACUACUACGCUAUCUACAUGACCAACAUCACAGCCCAGGUGCAAUUCUCCAAAACGGUGAUCGGGAAAGCCAAGAUCAACAACAGCACGCUCAUCAUCCCUCUGGACGAGAAGCAGGUGGAUUACACUGUUCCCACGUCCAUCGCUGACGAGAUGAGUUACAUGUACGACUACUGCACCUUACCCACAAUCCGAGUGCACAACAUCGGAGUCAUGAUGCAAGUUACCGUGACAACGUCAUACUUCGGCCAUGCGGAGCAGGUGUCACAGGAGACCUACCAGUAUGUGGACUGUGGAGGCAACACCACGAUACUGCACUCCCCCCACAGCCAGGCCUACCGGGAGUGA